CACUCCGAACAGUUUCUCUCUCGAAACGACGGCUUGCUUCGGUACUACACGACUAUAUUAUUGAUCAAUAUGGGGUUGCGGGCAUGGAAGACCAGUGCCGGCGGGCAGCUGUCAGAUCCCCCGAAAUUUUUAUACGUUAUCAUCGUCAAACUAUAAUUUCAAAGGGUUUCAACCGACUCGAUACGUAGAAAAAGCUACCCCAGAAAAACGGCCCUCACCGUUUUCAUCGAACGAUCGGCCGAUACGGUUCAGUGUCUAUUCCACUGUACCUUCCAAGCACACCAACAGUUUAAAGAUCAUUGUCCUUGUCGCGUAGAGAGAAAAAAAAUUAUCGGUGUCAGUGGUGGUGGUGCACCGUAAGUUCCUUGUUUGGUAAAUUCCAUAUAAUACAAUAAAAUAUUCAGUGCAUUGAACCGAAUGUUCAUACGACGAAUUGAUUAAUCUGCAGUGAAUGAAUUUGCCAAAGUGAAGAACCGCGGCCUUUACUGGAUUCAGGGGGUAAAUAUAGGUGGACGCCUGAAAAUUGCAGGCUUUUUAAACGGACAACGUUACACCGGAAGCCUGAUGCAGACUUUACGUAAAAGGAAUAGCCCCUGCAAGUUCAAGAAUGAACCGACACGGUUCCUCGGAGAAGGUGUUUCUUUCAAGGCAAAGCUGAUAGGAAUAUUAGAAGUUUCGGAAGCACGUGGUGACCGGAUGUGCCAGGCUGCCCUGGCUGACCUGAAAAUGGCCAUCCGGGCGGCAGGUGAACACAAACAACGUAUAGCCGUUCAAGUUAGCAUCGAGGGUCUGAGACUUCGGGAUGAAAAAACUGGGGACUGUCUCUACCACCAUCCCGUUCACAAGAUAUCCUUCAUAGCCCAGGAUAUGAGCGACUCGAGGGCUUUCGGUUACAUUUUCGGCUCGCCGGACACGGGUCACAGAUUCUUCGGGAUAAAAACGGACAAAGCUGCGAGUCAGGUGGUUUUAGCCAUGCGCGAUCUCUUCCAGGUCGUAUUCGAUCUGAAGAAGAAAGAGAUAGAGCUGGCUAAGCAGCAUCUCGAACAAAAUGCCAUCAAAUUUAGAAGCGGAAUUUUCGUGGAACCGGCGCCUGACACGAAGGGUGCCGCCGGAAGUGAAGUGGUCGCGCAUCGCAUCAGAGCGUUAAACUCCGAGGUUGAGAAACCCAUCGAAAGGAAAACGGAAGUCCAAGGCGGCGUGAUAGCCGACCUACUCGAUCUACAGUUCGAACUGAAUUCGCUACAGCAGGGUAUUCAUCAGAUGGACAAAAUUACACCGGACAAUCCCAGACCGCCUUCGGAGAACCCGUUUGAAACAGAUCCGUUCGGAGAUUCCUUCGCGAAUAUGAAAUUGUCGGAAAUGGCACAGGUGAGAGAAAACGUUCAGCCGAUGCUCCCUCCGCCACCUUCUUCGGCGAAAAGAGGACACCUGGAGCGUCAUCAAACGAUCCCUACUUCGACAGCUUCGUCUACAUCGAGUCCAGCCGCAACGUUGACCAGCAAAACUCCCCCGCCUCAGGGAUCCGUUCACUGGUUCGAUAAAGAGACGGAGAAUCUCUUCAACGAAGGAGAACUUUCCAGCCUGGCUGCGAAGGCGGCGGCGAACCCCUCCACGGGGGAGAAGGAGAGGGAAUGCAGUUCCUCCAGCUGUGUGACACCUACACUUCGCAAGAGUCCUCAGAUCGACGUGUUCACGGAGUUGGAUCCCCUCGGCACCGGUCUCAUAAAACCUUACGUAGACAAAAAGGACUUUUUCCAGCAUUUGAAAAAUCCACCGAAAAAAGUCCUCAAGGAUCUCGUGACGAAUAUCUCCGGCGAUACGUUCUCCGCUAAUUUCAAUCUAACGUUCGAUCCGCUCGAACCAACCGCCCAGUCCCAAACCGCACCUCUGGCCAGUGCCGGAAGCGACGGCUUUGACGACGACAAUUUCGCGGAUUUCAACAAAUUCGACAACAUAGAAAUACCGGCUCAAAAAACCGAAUCCCCGAAAAUCCGUAGAGUCAGUUCUCCGAGGGUCUUGCAUCAUCAGCCUCUCUCGGUUUCUUUACCUCCGGAAGAAGCAACCCUCCCGAAAAACUCUGGCAACAUAUCGUCGUUGAACAAAACGGAUAAGGAAUCGAGCGAGAGCGUUCAAGGUCUCGUGAGGCUCCCAAGUCCCAAGAAGUACUUGCAGUCUGUCCGAAAACGGGAAUUCGACAUCGAUCUGGCCGGCAGCAGAACGCAGUCUUUGGAUCGGCCUUUCCCCGUUGAUUUCACGACUAGCAACGAUUCGCCAGCUUCGCCGCUUCGAUCUGGUUCCUCGGACGCCAAUUCCAGGCUCUCCAGCUCCAGUGCCGAGAUGGACAUAGUGCCCGAACCACCGCCCAGAGGUGCCGGAAGUAUUUUGAUAAACCCUCCCCCUCUUCCCCCGAAGAAACAGAUCGGCGGAAGGAAUGCGAUGAAGCCUCCACCGCGACCCCCGCAUUCCGACGGACAUUUUCACUAUGAUUUCAUCGAAAGAGAGGAGGCGUCGCCGUCUCCUACGAGAAAGGAAAUCCGGAAGAGUCCCGCCAAGGAUUUCAGGAACAGAUUCGACGACGACUUCAGCCCGCCACCACCUCAGCUACCGAAAAGAUCCGAGAUCGUGGCGACUUUCCCCACUUCCAAGUUCGAUGACUCUUUGACCUCCGUAACACCGACGACCUUGUCGUCACUCAUGCAAAGCAAUACAACUUAUUCGACCACCGCGCCGGAGGUGAGGAAACCAAAGCCUAGUUUGGAUAUUACCUUGAGCCAGUUGAAUUCUACGAAUUUAGGUGACCUCGCUAAUUCUCUGGGAAUGACCAUCACGGAAUUGACCAGUCUCACCUUACAGCAAUUGACCGCCUGUCUGGCGUCGCUAACCGCUAAAGAAACCACUUGCAACGGCGACGAUGAAAGUGAAAAGGAGCCGGAGAUACCGGCCAAGCCGAUUAACACCGCGAAAAAAAUUGUCCAGGAGACAUCUUUCGUUUUUGGGGAACCGUUGUUCAAGGCGGACUUCGAUCAGGGAAUCGAGAAGAGCGGUGAGCGGAAUUCGUACGACAAAUAUGCGGUAUUCCGGGAGUUACUGGAACUCGAACAGCGGGAACAGGACGAUAAGGACGAUGAGGUGAACGAGGAGAAGAGUGAAAAACAACAACCCGAAAUAGAAAAGUUGGAGCCCGAAGUGAGAGAAUCAGAAAUCCAGGAUGAAACGAAGGAAUCCAACGACACCGUUGAAAUUGAAAUCGUCAACGCAACGGAGAACAAUAAUUCACUUCCAUUGGCUAAUCUGACGGUCAGUCUGCCACCGCUCCCGAAGGAUAAUUCGAAGAUUAUUGACGACUCGGCAGCGGAGGAUCCCGAAGAACGUACCGACGGAUCUCCGGAGUCUGUUCAGGAGGAGGAGAGAACCGAUUCUCAAGAGUCGAAGGGCGAAGAUGAAGAAAUCGGGAUCGAAGAACAGCGUCUGAAGGACGCAGAGCCGGAACUGGAAGACACGAACAAAUUAGAGGAAGAGAAAGAGAAGGAAAAAGAAUCGGAGACUCAGGAGGAAGAAAAAGGGGUGGACAACGAAAGGGAGGGGGAUUCGAACGAAUCGGAGAAGACCGACGAGUCCGGUGAAAAGGAAGAGUCGAAGAAUGGCAACGGAACGACGGAGAGGGUUGAGAUAAAAUCAUCGACUUCUACGGGCGACAGAUACGCCGCGCUCAGGGAAAUCAUCGAGGAAAGCGUCGAACCGACUCUGAUUAAAACGGAGGAUGAAUUGGUCGAAAAUUUGCCACCGCCUCCCCAGCUGCCGCCGAAGAAUAAUAACGCGACCAUAGAUUUAAUGAGUUUGUUCGCCAAACCUCUUUCCAAUACCGUUCCACCUCCUGCUUCCGUUAGCCCGAAAAAUUUCAAAACUACGAACGAAGAGGACAUGAAGGUGUUGGCUAUGGAAAUUUUCGAAGAAAUAAAAAUGCUGAACACAGGAGCGCCCAGAAACAAUGCGACUCCCGAUCCUGCACUGACGAAGUCGACUCCUUCUGUUAUCGGAUUCGAGGACACGUUCUCACCGUUUCCGGUUGAGACGAAGACGGAGAAGGACGAAGUCAAGGAUGAUACGGGUUGGGCGAAGUUCGACGCCAACGUAUUUCAUUCCGACAAGUCAUCGGGGGAUGGCCCGGGGUCGGUCGGCGGGACGUCGCCGUGGUCACCGGACGGUAAAGAAUUUCACGUAAAGGAACCACCUUUCAAACCCGUGCCAAACCGGAACUCGGGCGACAGCGACAACGAGUGGAAGGACGAAGAGGAGAGCGAGGGCAGUAACGGAAGACCGAGAGACGACGGAUUUUGGGGUCCCGGGGGAAAACCUCCACCGAGGCAUCAGGCAGGUUUCGAAGAUUCCAGGAGCUACUACGAGCACGGUAGUCCUACGGGACCCUCCGACAAGGAUCGCAGCUUCCGGGAAAGAUCGGGCAGAAAAGCUCGGGGAUCGCCGUGGGGAAAAGGUGGUCACAGAUCUCGGGAUCCCUCACCGUGGCAGGAGGAUCAAGGACGAUGGGAGGACGAGCACAGGGGAAGGUAUCCGGCGAGGAAAAUUCCUUACAAAGAUCAGGAUGAGGAAUCUUACAAGGCUCAUUGGAAAUGCAGGCAGAAACAGAGUUGCAAGCAAAGACCGUGGAGCGGGGAUCGCGAGGGUUUCUGGGCACACGAUAUGCCCCCAUACGAGGAAGAGAGAAAAAGAAGAAUGAUGCUGUGGUCGGAGCAGGACAGGGACAGAUUCAGCAGUCAAGAAAGCAUGGGGUACGAGGACGAGGAGAGGUGGUCGAGGCGGUGGUCGAACGAAUACGAGAGACGCAGGUGGGAAGAAGACGGAAGAUUUUGGGGGCGGAGAGGUCCGGAGGGCGACUAUCCGUACAGAGAACCGAGGGAGCCGAGGGAGCCGAGAGAUUCGCGGGACCCGAGGGAUCCGAGAGAGUCCUACAGGAUCCACGAAUCUCACUAUUGCCGAGAAAGAUCGCACGAUUACGCGCCUCCGGGUUGGGAGGAGCCCGGCUGGGAUUACAUCGGUCCGGACAUCGGUCUCGGCGAGGACUCGCCGCGUUACAAUUCGUCGCGUAAGAGGCCUUGGCCGAAACGUCCGAACAGUGCGACCGACAGUCGAAAUACAGAGGGGAUUUACGCGGAUCCGAGGCCGAAGUACGCCGUCUCGAGAUCGGAGUGCAGCGACAACGAUUCCGAUCCUUACCACCGUCCUCAUCGUUCCGGAAGUCGGGAAAGUUACUGGGGCAGCGAUCAGGAAUUCGAGGGCUGGGUGGAGCGUCCUUGCUGUUCGGAGGGACCGGACAGCGUGACGAAAACGGAAACGUUGCAUCGGAGGCGACUGAACAGGCACAAACCUCGCGCCCAGAUAAAAUCUCAGGGUUCACCUUUUCAGGACGACUUCGAACAGAGUCUCGAACACGUCGGAGAAUCGACGGCCGACCCCUUCGUUUCCGGUGGUGAGACGCGUCUGACGUCGGAACCGGACCCGAAGUUGAUAGAGCCCGUCACCCUGAGCCCGAGGUGUACGAAGGAGGGCCUGAGGAGGGAACCGAGGUCUUACAAGCGCAGCGGCUAUCGACGCUCGCCCUUCGAAGAAGAUCUCACGCCGACAGCGAGCGUUUCCAGCGACACAUCCGACCGCCAAAGAUUAGGAUCCGAUCUGAAAGCAACACCCGAAGAACUGCCGAGAGACGCGAAGGACGCCUUAUCCGCCGACGGAUUCGUUUCGGAGGACAGUGGAAGAGAUUCAUUUUUCAACGGCGAUCCAAGGUUCGACGACGACGCCUUCGCAUUUAAAUCCGAACUGGAGGACAGCGUACCGGAAAGGGCGACUACCUUGCCGUUGAAAAACUCGCGACAGAUGAAAUGCGGAAGUGGUAAGAGCAAGUCGGAUUUACAAUACAUAAAAAAGUCAGAGUCUGUUAAUAUAUUCGUACGAGAGAGCGAUCCCUUCGACGAUGAUGAUUUUUUCAACUGAUCUAAAGCCAAGAACGGCGCGGCUAAUAUUUAUUUGUAUAUUUGUAGAAGGUAGGGUUUGAAGGUUUGAACAAUUGACUGAAUUUUUUUAUCCCGCAAUCGUCAAGAAAAAAAAAAAAAAAUUAUCAACUCACCGUGAAGCAAAAUCUUAUGGUUUGUCAAAUUGAGAAGCUCCUACGAAAAAAAAUAGAACAUUCUACACCGAUAGAGUACCAGAGCUAUAUAAUUGCGGUUGAAAUAUGUCUCACAAUUUAUUUUUUAUCGGCGUUACGAUAAAUAGGUAUUUGUAAUAACGAUUGAAGCUAAUUGUGGUAGAUACGGUUUUUUGAAAAUGUGGAAAAUUUGAUAAUAAUUAAUGAUAAUAACUAAUAUUCGAUUCAUCCAAUUGACUGUUCUCUCUAUUCAAAUAUGACAUGGGUUUUCUUUCAUUGGUUAUUCUAGUCCGAAGUGUUUUGCGUUUCUAUAGUUUCUAUGCGUUUUUCUAUUUUCACCUAGAAACGUUUUGUACAUAAUUAUUGUAAAUUCGCUUACGAACCAUCUGAGAGAAUUGAGAGAAACAAAAUAGAUAUUUCUUAUUUUACACACAUUUUUAUUUUCUAUACUUUUAGCCUAAUUUCGUACUCCCAGGCAAUUUAUUUCAAUUUCGUUCGUUCUCUCCGAGAAUUACAAUUUCUAAAUUUUUAAACCGCACUAAAUUAUCCUAGCUAUUCUUUAGUAAUUUAUCGAGUAAAAAUAAUUAUCUAUGAUGUAUAAAACGAAGCAAAAGAAAAAAAAAAAAAAAAAAUCACCGAAGUUGAGGGGGAUACAAAUGAUUAGAUCGAGUAAAAUUCUCUCAACAGCACUACGCAGUCUGGACCACUGUACAUCUGUAGAUUAUACGUAAAAAGAGAAAAAAGAAGGGAAAGAGAAGAAACGAAUAAAAAGAGAUAUACCUAUAAAUAAUUUAUCACUAUACCAUACGAUCCUAUCACACACAUCAUCAUCAGUACGUAACGCGAGCGUGCAGUCUAAUCAGGCUGAAAAUAAUAUUCGAAAAAUUGAGGAAUCGGGAGGAACGAAAAAAUUUUUUCAGCAGCGAGAUGCGAACUGCAAAAAAAUUUAAAAAAAAACUAAACUCAAGACUGCGUCUAUUAAUAAUAAUAAUUGUAGGCGAAGACUCGAUUUUUCCAAUAUUUCGAUUUCAGCCGGCACCCCGCAGCUGUAGCUAUACAAUAAUAAAUAACGAUAAUGUAUAUGUAAAUGUAUACUUAAUUGAAUGUCAAAAUCCAUACCCAUACCUGAAUCGCUAUAAAGUGCUUAUUUAUUUACAAUAAAAAUAGAUGUAAUAUGAUACGCGUCAUCUACGAGACGACGAUACGUACACACACACACAUACAACAAAAAUCAAAUUACACAACGUAUAUCGAAACUGAUUACAUUGAGAAAAAAUGAAAAAAAGGAUAAUAAAAAUGAAUUAAACAUAGCGUGAAAAUUAAAAAAUGAUAUCCCGAAGCCUAGCGAUUUGCAUCUAUGAAUAUUGAUUCGUAUAUAACGUUCAAAUCUUUGAAAAUAUUAUUACCAUUCGACGAUUGGUUUGGGAUGAAACUGUUUUUACUAAGGAUGCAUGCUUAAGCGCGAUUCAAUGCGAAGCUUUUUGCGCUGUUCUGCCUACAAUCGAUGAUUAUCGAGUAAGCCACAUCUAUAUAAUAUUAUCUGGUAUAAUAUAUAUAUGCGUUCGAAUAAAGUACAUCGUCAAAAAAAAUUUUGGGUCCAUCGCGUGGUUUGAAUAAGAAAAUAUGGAUAUCCGAUCAGUUGCACGAAGUUUGAAUCGCAAGAAAUUGUCUAUGGUAAUCUCUACGUGGAAACGAAGCAAACGAAUUGCCAUAUGGAAGAAAAAUAAUGUAUGCAAGUUAUUUAAUUGUAUGUGAAUAAAAGAUUUGAUUGGUAUA